AUGAUAUUCAGUGUUGUUACUAAGACUGGAUCAAAAUUAUUUCCCAAACAUGAUUUAACAAAUUCAUUGUUGAAUAAAGAACGUCUAUCAUUCAGUGCAGCUGUUUUAAUGUCACUCGUUGGACUUGGUUUAUCAGUAUUUAGUACGAAUCAGAUUCUACUCGCCUCAUCAUCUGCACGACCAAUUCUGUCAUCCAAAUCCCCCUAUAAAGAUGUGGAAAGAGAAAUUGUUUCGUAUGAUAUCUUUAUUCAAAUGAAGAAAAUUGAAUUUCAAAUGAGAAAAGAAAAGAAAACUGAUUUCGAACCUGAGAUUUUAAUAAAAAAGAAAACUCGAAUUGCUGGCGGCAUUUGUUUGUUGUCCAACGAAUUGUGUAUUUUUCUUUCCUGCAAAAACACGUCGCGAUAA